AUGGAUGCAGCAAGUUGUGGACCUUCAAGUGCAUUACAAAACCUCAAUAAGCAUGCUCAAAGAGACUCGUCACUAAUUCACCAGAGACACGCCGGUCAACAACAACAACAACACCAGCAACAACCAGGGUUACAUGAUUUCAGGCAGGGCCAAAGAGUCGAUGGUAAUCUAAAUCAUGACUUCCAAAAGUUCAACGGUGGACUUGAUUUCCAGGGCCAGAAUUUUGCAGAGAUGCAUAGGCCGCAGAUGAUGCAGAAUGUGCCACUACCACAACAACAACAUCAGCAAGGAUGGGUGAAUGAUUUUUCAAAGAUGAGUAUAGAUCAACGGCAACAAGGUUCGGCGGUGCAGAAUAACUGGCAGCAGCAGUUUGCACAACAGGGAGGGGCGCAAACCAUGCAACACCACCAUCUUCAGCAACAACAGCAGCAGCAGCAGCAGCAGCAGCAACCGUAUUUGAUCCAGCAGAGUCGGCAGUAUAUGGGGCCUAAUUUUGCCAUGGGGAGUAUGCGGAUGGCCGAAGUUAAUGCUGUGCCACAGUAUGAGCAACAGUCUGAACACCAACAGGCACACAAGUUGAAUGACCAGCAGAAACAGUUUGAAAGCGAAUUUGAUGCUAUUGAACGAGAGUUGCAACAACAGGCACCGGUUCAGGCACAGGCAGAGGCACAGGCAGAGGCACAGCUCCAACAGGAUCUUCAAGAUACGGCAGACAAUGAAUUAUUUGCCCAGACGGCUCGAAAAGUUGAAGCCUCGAUGAACUCGUUGAACACCACUGACGCGGCCAUGGCUUCCAAGUUUAAAAACUCGGAUUUCCUCAAGUUGAUGAGCUCGAUUGGGAAUAGACAGGUUGAAUUGCAGAAUGACGCGUUGGUGAACGCAGUCAACAAGCAGGACAUCAGAGAAGAAGCAGCAUCAGCAACAGCUUCUGCAGCUUCAGCUUCUGCCACGGCGCAAGCACCAAAAGUGAAAUUCACCAAUGAUGUCGAUUACCAUGCGCCCGUGCAUGAAGAUAUGGAAGACUGGGGAGACGAACUGAUCCCGAAUUAUCCACCACCAGCUUCCAGACUAACUAGAAACAGAGCUGCCUCGAAUGCAUCUCCCGUAGAAUGGAAUCGCUACGCGAUUGUCAAUUACCCGGAAACGCAACUUCCGCCACAACAGAGUGAGCCGCAGCCUCGACAGGAAAAUAGACUUCCUGACCCGUUGGCGCAUGUGGCUGAUGGGCAAUUGGAGGGAAUUGUCGAGCCGCUUGCUGCGGCUAGAAUCAUUAGUGGUGGACAGGUGCAAACGAGGGACUGGAUGGAUGAAGAUGAUUGGUUGUCGAAUGACGCGCAGACGGCUAGGCCCCAGACUAGACCUUGGAGAAAAGGGCAGAUUGUUGACCAUCAUUGGGACGAGAUGUAUCGCGACUACAGACACGACGACGACUUUCAUUAA